GGAGGAGGGAUGGCAAAGGUGUUGCCGACGACGUCAUUGUCGCCGCCGUCGUCGACGAGGAUUGAUAACAAAGAAGGAGAACGACAUGUCGUGAAAGGAGAUGAUAAGCAGCAGGUGUCGUUUUAUAAGCUGUUCUCUUUUGCCGACCGGUUGGAUGUCGUGUUGAUGGUUGUGGGGACAAUAUCUGCCAUAGGAAACGGCAUGUCGCAGCCUCUCUUGCUUCUCAUUUUUGGGCGGCUUAUUAAUUCUUUUGGUACUUCUAAUAGCUCCGAUAUCAUUGAUAAGGUUUCACAGCUUUGUUUGAACCUUGUAUACUUGGCAAUUGGUACUGGUAUUGCUGCAUUUCUUCAGGUAUCAUGUUGGAUGAUAACUGGAGAAAGACAAGCCACUCGAAUUCGAGGCUUGUACUUGAAAACAAUACUAAGGCAAGACAUUGCCUUUUUCGACACUGAAACUACAACGGGAGAAGUCAUUGGGAGGAUGUCAGGGGAUACCAUUCUCAUUCAGGAUGCAAUUGGUGAAAAGGUAGGGAAGUUCAUACAACUUGUUUCAACAUUUUUCGGUGGUUUUGUUAUUGCCUUUGCCAAAGGAUGGCUUCUUUCCCUUGUUCUGCUUUCAUGUAUUCCAGCCAUUAUCAUUGCUGGUGGAGUCGUUGCAACGGUGAUAACAAAAAUGUCGAGCCAAGGGCAACUUGCUUAUGCAGAAGCUGGCAAUGUAGUAGAGCAAACUGUUGGAGCCAUUAGAACAGUUGCAUCCUUCACUGGGGAGAAGAAAGCGAUUGACAGAUACAACAUGAAGCUUAAUGCUGCCUACAAAUCAGCAACACACCAAGGGUUGGUCUCAGGAUUUGGACUUGGAGUUGUUGGGCUUAUUGUCUUUGGGACUUAUGGACUUGCUAUUUGGUAUGGAUCUAAACUAAUCAUUGACAAAGGAUACAAUGGAGGAGAUGUCAUUAAUGUAGUUUUAGCAAUCAUGACAGGUGGAAUGUCAUUAGGUCAGACAUCCCCAUGCUUGAAUGCAUUUGCUUCAGGGCAAGCUGCAGCUUCUAAAAUGUUCGAAACAAUCCAUCGAAAACCAAAAAUCGAUGCCUCUGAUAACAGUGGAAUUGUGUUGGAAGACAUGAACGGAGAUAUUGAACUCAAAGAUGUGUACUUCACAUAUCCUGCUAGGCCAGAUGUGCAGAUCUUUGAUAGGUUUUCACUGCAGGUUCCAAGUGGGAAAACUGCUGCUUUAGUUGGGCAAAGCGGGAGCGGAAAAUCAACAGUAAUCAGCCUUAUUGAAAGAUUUUAUGACCCGGAUGCUGGUGAGGUACUUAUUGAUGGUAUUGAUUUGAGGAAAUUGCAGCUUAGAUUCAUAAGGGAGAAGAUUGGACUUGUUAGUCAAGAACCUAUUUUAUUUGCUACAACUAUAAGAGAAAAUAUAGCUUAUGGGAAGGGAAAUGCAACUGAAGAGGAGAUUAGAAUGGCGAUUAAGCUUGCCAAUGCAGCAAAAUUUAUUGACAAGUUGCCUAAGGGGCUGGACACAUUGGCUGGUGAGCAUGGAACACAGCUAUCUGGUGGGCAAAAACAGAGAAUAGCAAUUGCAAGGGCAAUUUUGAAGAAUCCCAGAAUUCUCCUUCUUGAUGAAGCAACAAGUGCCCUUGAUUCAGAGUCCGAACGAAUUGUUCAAGAGGCACUGGAAACAGUCAUGGAAAAUAGGACAACUUUAGUGGUUGCACAUAGAUUGACAACUAUCAGGAAUGCUGACAUUAUAGCUGUGGUGCACCAAGGGAAACUUGUAGAACAAGGAACACAUGCUGAAUUGAUCAAAGACCCAGAUGGAGCUUACUCUCAGCUAGUAAGGCUUCAAGAAGGAGCUAAUGAAACAGAAAAUACCCAAACCUCUGAGGAUGAUAAGGCAAAUGGAAGUUUUGAACUUGACAGGUCCAUUGCAAGGUCUGGGAGCCAGAGAUUAUCAUCAAAGAGAUCCAUAAGCAGGGGUUCAUCAAGCAGCAGACGCUCUCUCACUCUUAGCUUUUCUAUUCCGGCACCGAUUAAUUUUCUGGACAUUGAAGAAACAAAUGAUCCAGAGAAUUCAGUAAGAAGUAAUAAGGUGAAUCCGGAAAUGCGUAAAAAAGUUUCCAUCAAAAGGUUAGCCUAUCUAAAUAAGCCUGAGCUUCCAAUUUUAUUGCUUGGAUCAGUUGCUGCCAUGGUAAAUGGUGUUCUUUUCCCUGUAUGUGGCCUUGUACUCUCGAGUGCCAUUGAAAUGUUUUACAAACCUCCCAGUGAGCUAAGAAAGGAUUCCAAAUUUUGGGCUCUUAUGUUUCUGGGUAUGGGUUUAGCUGAUUUUGUUGCAUCUCCAAUCCAAAAUUACUUAUUUGGAAUUGCUGGUGGAAGAUUGAUACGACGUAUUCGUCAAUUAACAUUUGCGAAGGUUGUUCACCAAGAAAUCAGUUGGUUCGAUGAUGCUGCAAAUUCUAGUGGUGCAGUUGGUGCAAGAUUGUCUUCUGAUGCCUCAACAAUUAAAAGUCUUGUUGGUGAUGCUUUGGCCUUGUUGGCUCAGAAUGCAACGACAAUUGUGGCAGGGAUAGUCAUAUCAUUCACAGCUAAUUGGAUACUUGCACUGAUAGCUCUAGCUGUGUCACCCAUUUUGGUUGUGCAGGGCAUCAUGGAGACAAAAUUCCUAGAAGGAUUCAGUGCCGAUGCCAAGAUUAUGUAUGAAGAAGCCAGUCAAGUGGCAAAUGAUGCAGUUGGUAGCAUAAGAACAGUUGCAUCAUUUUGUGCCGAGGAAAAGGUUAUGGAAAUGUACAAGAAGAAGUGUGAAGCUCCAAUGAGUCAAGGAGUAAGAUUAGGGCUCAUAAGUGGUGCAGGCUUUGGUUUUUCUUUCUUUGCACUCUUCUGCAUAGAGGCAUUCAUUUUCUACAUUGGAGCUGUACUUGAGAAAAAUGGAAAAGCUACAUUUGGGGAAGUUUUUAAGGUUUUCUUAGCUUUGGUACUUUCCGCAAUGGGGGUUUCCCAAAGUACUGCCAUGGCUCCUGACACUAGCAAAGCCAAGGAUUCAGCAGCUUCAAUAUUUGGAAUUCUUGAUAGCAAGCCUAAGAUUGAUUCAAGCAGCAAUGAAGGGACAACACUACCAACUAUAAAAGGCGAUAUUGAGUUCGAGCAUGUGAGCUUUAAUUAUCCCACAAGACCUGAUAUUGAAAUUUUCAGAGACUUUUGUUUGGGUAUUCCCUCUGGAAAGACUGUUGCUUUGGUUGGAGAAAGUGGAAGCGGAAAAUCAACUGCAAUAAGCCUAAUAGAGAGAUUUUAUGAUCCAAAUUCAGGACGUAUAACAUUAGAUGGAGUUGAGAUCCAAAACAUGAAGCUAAGUUGGCUAAGGCAACAAAUGGGAUUGGUUAGCCAAGAACCAAUUCUCUUUAACGAAACGAUUCGAGACAACAUAGCUUAUGGUAAACAAGGUGAUAUUAGUGAGGAAGAGAUAAUUGCAGCAACAAAAGCAGCAAAUGCACACAACUUCAUAUCAUCAUUGCCUCAAGGCUAUAACACAUCUGUUGGGGAAAGAGGGAUACAAUUAUCUGGAGGCCAAAAGCAGAGAAUAGCCAUUGCCAGAGCAAUCCUAAAGAACCCAAAAAUUCUUUUGCUUGAUGAAGCUACAAGUGCAUUGGAUGCAGAAUCUGAAAGAGUAGUACAAGAUGCAUUGGAUAGAGUUAUGGUGGAUAGAACAACCGUCGUUGUUGCUCAUCGCCUUACGACAAUCAAAGGGGCUGAUAUAAUUGCAGUGGUGAAGAAUGGUGUGAUUGCUGAGAAAGGAACUCAUGAUUUGUUGAUGAAGGUCAGUGGUGGUGUCUAUGCAUCUCUUCUGGCACUUCACAUGAGUUCUUCAACAUGAGAAAAAAGAAAACAAAAAACACAUACACAAAAUUUUAUAUAUGGUUUUGUAGAGCUGUAGGAGGUAUGCAUUUGUACUUUUUGACUGUAGAGUAUUGGAAGUUGCCUGCUUCAACAGAAAACUGUCCAAUAUUAAGAUUAAUUUUGAUUAUUCUUUAAGAUUCAAUAUUUUUCUUUCCCUUUUUUUAAGUAGAAAAAAGGCAUACCAUUUACUAAGAACAAACACUAAAUCCAGAAUCACCUCCUAAAUUUUAUUGGUAAAAUUGUUAAGGUAUUUUUAAUGUUAAUAGUUAAACAGAGUCACGAUUAAAAGGCAACUAAUAUAUAUUUGCAUAACAAAGUUCCUCUAAUUUAAUAAAAAUUACUUCUUGAUAAUAUUUCAAUCAAUAUGAAUCGUCAGAAGUAUUAAUUAUCCAAAAUAGCAUAAUUCUAAGUUAUAUAGUGGGUCAGGAGUAAAUAACAAUAUGAAUAAUUGACCAAAAGGAAAACAAUAGUCAAUUAGCAAAUUAAACUGAAAAAUGCCUAUAUAUCUUUUACUAUUAAUCUGGGAUAUAUUUCUCUAGCAGUGCUAUCCAAUUUUCUUGCUGCUUUCUUUUGCUGCCAUUAAUCACUUCCACAUUUGAGCAGCAUUUCAAUUUAUCCCAACAAGCUUUGGUUUUUUUCCUCUCACUUUCUAACCUCGUUUUCAGAAUGCUUUUUUUAUAGCUUUCAGCUAUAUUGUUUUCCACCUCUUCCAUGCGGACUUCCAAAGGGGUUGGUUGCUUUCUCAUCACAUUUGUUACCUUGCUAAAAAUCUUUUCCCUCCACUGUGAUUUGUCCACUCUAAUAUUUUCUCCACCUUUUGAUUCUACUAAUGAAUUUAAAGCCAAUGCCUUCUCUUUACUUUCAAAAUCUUCCCACCA